UUGCUGAGGCCUCAUCCUUCCAAUGGCGACUGAAAACAGGCUGAUUAGAAAGCGGGAGCAACUGUGGAGGGGGUCAGAGCAGUGUAACCGAAAUUAAAUAAAUAUAUCAUACUCUCACUAGUCAUAAAGUUAGUUUAAAAUUGUAGACCCACUAAAUCACGGCCGAUUCAAUGGCCAAAAGUCGGAAUAUUUCGCUCCUUGAAUCAGAGCUAUAUUACCUAAUUUCACGUUUUCUAACAACGGGUCCAUGUCAGAGCGCGGCUGAGGUUCUAGCGAGCGAACUAGAAGAAUAUCAGCUUUUGCCUUGCAGAUUAGACUGGCAAGGAAAUGAACAUCCAAGAUCUUACGAAGAUUUGGUUGCAGCCAACGGACACAUUGCACCUGACCAUUUGCUGCAGAUCUGUAAGAAGAUUGGGCCGAUUCUGGACAAAGAAGUGCCAUGUGUUCCAGGUGUACAUUCCCUACUGGGAACUGGGAGGCAGUCCUUACUCAGAACUUCAAAAGGUUACGGCAAUGUUCGGAGGAAAGGCUCAUCAUUUGCUGCCCUGCACAGAGGGAGACCACCAGAGAUGCCUUUGACCUGCAAGGAUCCUCCAAAUCUAGUGGAGGUGUACAGAGGAAGGGAGCUAACAGGUACUCAACGGUUCAGCACUGUGAACCCUGUGAGCAACUAUCAGCACAUGCGGAUGCACAGGAGGAUUCUGGGUCAUCUGUCUGCAGUCUACUGCAUUGCUUUUGAUCGGACCGGUCUCAGGAUUUUCACCGGCUCGGACGACUGCUUGGUGAAGAUAUGGUCUUCGUUUGACGGGAGGCUUCACUCCACCCUGCGAGGACAUUCUGCUGAGAUCUCAGACCUGGCUGUCAGCUUUGAGAAUACCUUGAUGGCAGCUGGCAGCUGUGACAAAACCAUCCGAGUGUGGUGCCUUCGUACCUGUGCCCCUAUGGCUGUCCUACAGGGGCACAGUGGAUCCAUUACCUCCCUACAGUUCUCACCGUUUGCCAAGGGCUCAAAGAGAUACCUGGUGUCCACUGGAACUGAUGCAACAAUCUGCUUUUGGCAGUGGGAUGUCAAUAACAUCAAUUUCAGUGAUCGCCCGCAGAAGUUUACAGAGCGACCCAGGCCGGGAGUUCAGAUGGUGUGCUCAUCAUUCAGUCCAGGUGGUAUGUUCUUAGCGACGGGAAGUACUGACGAUGUCAUCAGAAUAUAUUACCUGGGAGGUGGGAACCCUGAAAAAAUAUCAGAGCUUCAUGAACACACGGACAAGGUCGACAGCAUCCAAUUUUGCCACUCAGGAGAAAGGUUUGCGAGUGGCAGUCGAGAUGGCACAGCACGCAUCUGGAGGCUGACUCAGCGUCAGCAGUGGAGGAGCCUUCUUCUCAACAUGAAUGCCACUCUACCAGGCUCAGAACACGCGACCUGUGAGGAAAGCUUUUUCAAGCCCAAGGUCACCAUGGUAGCGUGGGAUCGCCAUGACAACUCAGUAAUCACAGCGGUCAACAACCAUAUCCUCAAAGUGUGGAACUCCUAUACAGGCCAGCUGCUACAUAUCCUUAAAGGCCAUGAGGCUGAGGUGUUUGUCCUGGAGCCCCACCCCUCAGAUCCCAGGAUCAUGCUGUCUGCUGGCCACGACGGAAACGUCUUCAUCUGGGACAUCGUCCGGGGCACAAAGACACAGCACUACUUCAACAUGAUUGAGGGCCAGGGUCAUGGUGCUGUCUUUGACUGCAAAUUCACUCCCGACGGCCAGCGCUUUGCCUGCACAGACUCCCACGGUCAUCUGGUAAUUUUCGGCUUUGGGAGCUCCAAGCCAUACGAGAAGCUUCCAGAUCAGGUGUUUUUCCACACCGACUAUCGGCCACUGAUCCGGGACGCCAACGGCUUUGUUUUGGAUGAGCAGACCCAGCAGGCACCCCACCUCAUGCCCCCUCCCUUCCUGGUGGAUGUGGAUGGGAACCCUCACCCCCCUAGAUACCAGCGGCUGGUCCCUGGGAGGGAGAACAUUGCAGACAAACACCUGGUGCCUCAGCUGGGAUAUGUUGCCACAAGUGAUGGUGAGAUGAUGGAGCAGGUGAUCAGUCAGCUGACCACAGACCACGAGGAGGCCACGGCCAGACGCAGCAUUCUGGACGAUACCAUCAGGCAGCUGCAGGAGCAGCAGGACAGGCAGAGCAGACCAGGGACACUGGCCCCAGCCCCCAGCACCCCACGCAGAGCAUCGGUGAAUGAGCGAGGUGUAGCUGAGGUGCAGUCGUCCCCUAACGUGGGUCUGCGGCGCAGUGGGCAGGUGGAGGGGGUGAGACAGAUGCACCAGAAUGCCCCUCGCAGCCAGAUGGCCACGGAGAGGGACCUGCAGGCCUGGAGACGCAGGGUGGUGGUACCUGAGCUCUCAUCCAGCAGUUACAGUUACCAGGAUGACUUACGAAUUACAAAAGGAGAGGAGGAGAUUGCCUUAUACAAUGCAAAGAAACGACGUGUGACAUACGGCAGUUGUAGAGAUGAUUCUGAAGAUGAACUGCCUUGCAUCAAACGAGCACAGUCCCGCAAAAAGCAAAAAGUCUUCCAGCAGAGCAGAGAUGGCAUUGUGGAGGAAUUAAUCGAGUUCUCCUGUGAGGAGGGAGAGGGGACCACAACAUCAGAGGACCAUGAGAUGGAGGGCAGUGAACUGGAUUCAUCCAAUGAGGAAGAGGAAUGGAAAAGUGACAGUUCAAGCCACUCGUCCAGUGAGUACUCUGACUGGACUGCAGACGCUGGGAUUAACCUGCAGCCCUCCACUCCUGUGUCAUCACGGAAACGAGUUCGCCGCCAGCUUAGCAGCUCGGAGGAGGAAGAGAUCGAGGAGGAAGAGAAGCAGCAAAGUGAGGAUGAGGAACGACCACCUCAGACUAGCAAGCAGAAAUCCAAGAAGCCCAAGCGGCCUAAAGCCAGGCCGUCGAUCAACAGAGAAGUCUCCAACGAGUUCAGACCCUCAACGUGGAUCACUGAUGUCAUUCCCAGGAAGUCUCCCUUCGUUCCCCAGAUGGGUGAUGAGGUAAUCUAUUUCCGCCAGGGUCACGAGGCGUAUGUGGAGGCGGUGAACAGGAACAACCUGUACCCCAUUAACAUGGAGAAACAGCCCUGGAGGAAGAUGGAGCUGAGGGACCAAGAAUUUGUUAAAAUAACUGGGAUCAAGUAUGAAGUGUGCCCUCCGACACUCUGCCGCCUGAAACUGACGCUCAUUGACCACGGCACGCGCAAAAUCACAGACAAAUCAUUUUAUGUCAAGUAUCAUGACAUGCCAGAUGUGAUUGACUUCCUCGUGCUUCGGCAGAGUUAUGACGAAGCACGCAGUAGAGUCUGGCAGCCAAAUGACAGAUUCCGGUCCGUAAUAGAUGAUGCCUGGUGGUUUGGGAUUAUUGUUUGUCAGGAGCCAUAUCAGCCUGAAUAUCCAGACAGUCAUUUCCAGUGCUUCAAAGUCCGAUGGGACAAUGGCGAAACGGAGAAGCUAAGUCCUUGGGAUGUGGAAGCUAUUCCAGAGGAUGCCCAGCAACCUGAGUGUAUAGGUGGAGGGGUUCCAGUGACAGCAGAGGAGAUGAGAGAGGUCAUGUAUAAACCCCAGACAGGAGAGUGGGGUGAGAGGAGCAGAGAUGACGAGUGUGAACGCAUCAUAGCAGGCAUUGACCAACUCAUCACUGUCGAUAUUGUAGCCCCAUUCUCUGGCCCGGUGGACAUAGUUCAAUACCCAACUUACUGCACGGUGAUAGCCUUCCCCACAGACCUGAGCACCAUCAGACUGAGACUGUUGAGUAGGUUCUACAGGCGACUGUCCGCUGUAGUUUGGGAUGCCAGAUACAUUGUGCACAAUGCCCGGACCUUCAAUGAGCCAAGGAGCAAGAUAGCCCAUUCAGCAAAACUUAUCACAGAUGUCCUGCUAAAGUUUAUCAAUCGACCUAGCUGUACAGAUAUCAUGGAGAUCUACAAUGCAAUUGAAGACAUGGACUACACGGAUGAUGAGGACCUGGAAGAGACACCAGGCACCUCUUCUGGACACAGACUGUGCCAGCGCUCUUCGGAGACUGUACCUGACCCAGACUCCUGGAAGGGGCAGUGCAAACACCUGAUGAACUAUGUAUUUGAGUGUGAGGACUCUGAGCCCUUCAGAAAGCCUGUGGAUCCUACCUCCUACCCAGACUACCUUAGCAUCAUUGACACUCCCAUGGACUUUGAAAUGGUGAAGGGGACCCUUGAGGAGGACCGUUAUGAAAACCCCAUGGAGCUCUGCAAAGACACACUUCUGAUAUUUGCCAAUGCUAAAGCCUUCACGCCAAACAAACGCUCAAAGAUCUACAGUAUGACUUUGCGGCUCUCUGCAUUCUUCGAAGAGCGAAUCAGAACAAUCAUAUCGCAAUACAAAACUGCCGUCAAGAGCAGCAAGAAGCUCCGCCGCAGCCAGAGGUUCCGAAAGAAGCUUCAGCACCACGAGUCUGCUGCACCCAGCACUGACACCACAAGUCAAAAGAGGACUGCUCUAAAAACUCAGGAAAAGGUGGAAGCGGCGUCGACGACCAAAUCUACCUCAGCCAAAGUGUCUGCUCCUGAGAGAACCAGGAGGAGGAGCCACAGCAGUGACAGCUCAGGCCACAGCUCUUCUGAAGCUUCCUCAAGGUCAGACUCUGAGAUUUACAGUGAGUUAUAUAUGAGUGACUCUGAAGAAGAGAAACGCCCGAGGUCCUCACAGCACCAUCACAGCACAGGAACCAGAAGAGUCACCAGGAACAAUGGGGCAAAGAAGAAAAUUGCUGAGAGCGAGAGUGAGUCCUCCAAUGAGCGGGAGGAGAGUGAGGAUGGUGAGAAGUUGUCCAACUCAAUGUCUCACCGAUUCCCCAGCAGGUCCAGCACCAGGCUAACCAGGAACAAUGCUCUUACCCAUAGGAAGCAUACCAAACGGCCAGAGAGGGGUUCCCAGAUGAAUGGUCAUAGCAGAACAUUUGGGCGAGAGAGGCGACGAGGGAACGACUCUGAGAGAUCACCAUCCCAGGGUACAGACACUUACCGGGAUGAAGAGCAGAAUGUGGGCCGCAGGACAUUGAAAAGGAAGACUGCCAGGGCAGCCGUUAACAAGAUGAAGCUUCUGGAAGCCUCUGAGGAAGACGAUGGUUCAGCCUCUGAGGAUGAGGACAAACAUAGGCGGAAAAGCAGCCGCCAUGCGACCCGAGUCAGCAAACGCACUGCCGUGAUCCAGAGCAGCUCUGAAUCCGAGGAUCAGUCAUCAGCCUCUGGAUCCGAGGAUCCGUCAUCAGCACAGAGUUCUAAAAAAGGCAAGGAUUCAUCGGGUGAUUGGGAGAACAAUGAGGACAGUAUUGAGAGUGAAGCUUCAUCCUCUCGUUGCCAUCAGAAUGGAGAGAGUAAGAACUCCAGCAGCCGCAGGACGACCAGACAAGCUGCAGUGACGGGGGAUGAUUUGUCUCGUGUAAAUGGCUACAGCACAAAACAUCAACUGGCUGAUAGUAACUCUGAGAAAGAGGAUGAGGAGAGCUCUGAUGGUGAAGAAGGGGAGGAGGAAGAAACUAUUGUGUCUCAGAAGUCCUCCAGAAGCACCGCAACUGCUGCAGUGAGCAAAAGUAGAACUUGCAUUACCAGUUAUGUGGCAGAAGAGAAGUCUGGCUCCAGAAAGAGACAACACACAACACGAGACCACAAUGCUCAAAAGCACCCUCACAAAAACGGGAGGAGGGUGGAGAAAGAACAGCCUAAAGACUCUGAGAAAAAUUGUAAAUUACCAUCAAAAAGCCAAGAGCAAACAUCUGCCUCAACCCACAAACAGGAUGGCCCUGAAUCAGAGGAACUCAGUGACACUCCAAAGAGAUCAAGCUCUCGCAAGAAAAUACUGAAAUCUGAAGAGGAGGAAGAUUGGGAGGAAGACGAAGCAGACAGCAACCAUUCAUAUGAUGAAUCUGAGGGAGAAUCCAAUAAAAAAACUCCAUUGCGAAACAAAAGGCAGAGUCACAAUGACUCUGCUUCAGAGAGCGAGGAGGAAGUUGUACCCAACAGGAGAGCAAGGAGGAAACUGCAUGCUUCCUCAGAGGAAGAAUCUGAUGGGAAGGAGAAGCAUAGCCCUAGCAUGCGGCCUUGCCUUCGAGUCCAACCAAAAAAGAAAUAUAUCAAUGAAGACUCUGAGGAGGACUUGAACUCUGAGAUGCAAGGCAGUUGUAAGAAUGGGAAGAGCAAAACUGUUUCACAUAAAGGAUAUCAACGCAACCGAAGAAAAGCCUCCCCAGCUGCUACAAAACGACAGUCCUCUUCCAAGAGAAAACGCAUUUACACCUCAGACUCCUCAGAGAACCCUGAUGAAAAGAAACAGUGCAUGCGCAAGGCUAAAGCUAAGAGCUACUGUGAUAAGGACGAGAGGGAGGCAAAAAGAUCCAACUCAAAGCAUCCCAAGAAGGAAUCUCGAUCCAAGUCAGAACCCGAGGACUGUAAUAGUCAGGAAGAUUCCUCUUCUCAAGGGUCAGAGGAUGAGAAGGAGGUUGAGUGUCCGAGAUGGAAGAGACGUUUGGAGCGACAGAAACAGUGCAUGCGCAAGGCUACGGCUAAGAGCUACUGUGACAAGGACGAGAGGGAGGCAAAAAGAUCCAACUCAAAACAUCCCAGGAAGGAAUCUCGAUCCAAGUCAGAACCCGAGGACUGUAAUAGUCAGGAAGAUGCCUCUUCCCAAGGGUCAGAGGAUGAGAAGGAGGUUGAGUGUCCGAGAUGGAAGAGACGUUUGGAGCGACAGAAACGCAAGCGAAAAGUAAGCUGCAGCAGCAGUGCCCACAGUUCUGCCUCUGAAAGCGAAGAGGAGGAUGAGUCCUCUGCCUCUGAGAAGUCCUCUGCUAGCUCAGGUUCCCAGAACAGUACAAAGAGAAAAAGCCACAAGAGGUCAAGGGUCAGCGAAAAGGGUGCCGUCCGCCACUCUCGACAACGCAGGAGGGAUGCAUCUGAGGCAGACACCGACCAGUCGUGCAAGGAACCCCAGAGUGGAACCCGUAUCAAGACCCGAAACCGUGGCAAACGGACGGUGACAUAUCACGACAGCGAAUGAAGGACUUGGCGCAGCAGGCUUAGCCAGAGCGAGACUAACUGGAGACCUUGAAGACACUUGAUCGCCACAUUAAGGUAGUAGCACUGGAGCCCUUUCAAAAGGAAAUGCUGUGAAUCUGUUUCAUUCAGGGAUAUUUAUAUUUUCUAUGAAAAAAUAAUAAUAAUAAAUGGAGAAAAAAAAGGUAAAAAAAUGUAUGAAUGCAAGCAUUUGAACAGCUGGUUUUCACGUGUGUGUGUGUGUAUAUAGAGCAAACCACCUCCCAUUCUGCUUUUGUGAUUUGGCCAGCUAAAUAACCGUUCGGGGGAGCAUUGUCAGCUUGGGUGCUAUCUUAAUAUACCUCUGUUUAAUCAAGCAUAUUUUGCUGGUUUGCACUAAGAAACACACUGUAAAGAGGUAUUUCAUACACUAGUUUUGCAUUAGGAACUCAGGGGUCAACUAAGUUUACCGUAGUCUCAGAAAUGCAGUCUUGGGAGUUAGAGUAGGUAGGGAUAAACUUUUCCAGGAUGGCGGAUUCAGACCAAGCACACUCGCUGAGACAACUAAUCUUCUUCACCCUCCUUUUGACUUCAACACUCCUUUUGUAAAUCCACACGAAUUAUCCUUUAAUGUGGUGACUUGUUGAUAUGAGCCAAAAUGUACAAAUUUGAAUUCCUAGUUUUCCUCCGUUUUGUCUUCAUUUUUUCAUUGUUUAUUUUGCAAUAUUUCGUUGUGUAUUCUAGUCAUUGAUUGAGGUGUAAAUAUGAGAUUGAGUGAUGUGGUUUGGGGAUCACUCUGUAGCAAACCAUUGCUUAUUUAAAUUUGAGUAUUCAUUUUCCUUUUGUAUGACAUUACAAUGCAUUGUCUUGCCACAUGUCACAAAUUGGUACCCUUUUGCCAAGUACAGGAAACCAAAAAGUACUUAUUGCGAAAUACUGUGAUUUCUCAUAUUGGGAAGACAUUCUAGUGUUGUUCUGUAUUAUGUACGCUCAGUAUUAAAUUCCUUUUCUGAGAUUUUUGCCAGUCGUGUGUGUGUGUGGGGGUGAGGGGGGGGUCUUGAACUGCAAUUGCAUUGACAUUUUUGCUUAAUGUUUUUCAUACUUUGAUACAAACAGAUUUCACAGGGAAAAGUUCCUGGUACUCAGUAUGGUUGUGGAGUGCAAGAGGGCUGUUUUUUCUGGUUAAUAAAGACAUCAAUUCAAGGCUUAA